GGCUGUGUGAAAGAAAGCUCUCCAAGUAAUUUCAUCAAUGGCCACCUUGGUUGCUCCUAAUGAAAUCUCUCCUCUUCAAGAUGCUGAGGCUCUCCACAAGGCCUUCAAAGGAUGGGGCACUGAUGAGAAGGCAGUAAUAACAAUAUUGGGUCACAGAAACUCUUCUCAAAUUCAGCUAAUCAAACAAGCUUAUGAAGAAGUUUACGAAGAGAAUUUCAUCAAACGCCUUGAGUCUGAGCUCUCUGGUGACUUUGAGAGAGCAGUGUAUCGAUGGGUGUUGGAACCAACAGAUCGAGAUGCAGUGUUGGCGAAUGUGGCCAUUAGGAGCAGCAAGAAUGUUGAUUAUAACGUCAUUGUGGAAAUCGCUUGUGUUUAUUCAUCUGAAGAACUCUUGGCGGUGAGACGAGCCUAUCAAUAUCGUAAUAAGCAUUCUCUGGAAGAAGAUGUGGCUGCCAAUACCUCUGGUUGUCUUCGUCAGCUUUUGGUGGGGUUGGUGAGCUCGUACAGGUAUGAAGGGGAUGAGAUAAAUGCGAGGUUGGCACAAACAGAGGCUAAUAUUCUUCAUGAUGCUCUCAAAAGCAAGAAUGGCAAUUACGAAGAAGUCAUAAGGAUUCUUACUACAAGAAGCAAGACUCAACUUGUUGCAACUUUCAAUCGCUACAGAGAUGAUCAUGCAACUUCCAUCACUAAGAAAUUGCUGGAUGGUGCAUCUGAUGAUUUCCUGAGGGCAGUGCACACUGCCAUUCGUUGCAUCAAUGACCAUAAGAAGUACUAUGAAAAGGUUAUGAGGAAUGCGAUUAAAAGGAUAGGGAAUAAUUAUGAGGAUGCACUGACUCGUGUGAUCGUGACAAGAGCUGAGAAGGAUUUGCAGGAGAUUAAGGAUCUUUAUUACAAGAGAAACAGUGAGAAUCUGGAGCAUUCUGUGGCCAAGGAACUUUCUGGAGAUUACAAGAAGUUUCUCCUCACUCUUCUGGGAAAUUAAGAUUAAUUAAGCAGUUCAAUUCUCUAAUUAGGAUGAGGGAGUUUAUAUGUGAUGAACAUUCUUAUUGAUCCAUUUAGUUCAUAUUGGUCUAUGUGGUCGUCUCAUGUUUCCCUUUUCAUUCGAGUCUGUUUCUGGCUUUUUUAACUUCUUGCAUGUGACAAUGAUGAGGGGCGGUCUCAUGUUUCCUCCUCAUUUGAAUAAUGAUUAACUGCUUCGUUCUAAACUAUAA